AUGAAGCCCUCGAUGCGAGCUGCACAAUACAACACCACGACCAACAAGGUCGAGGUGAACGAAAUCCCAAUCCCCGAGCCGGGCGAAUAUGACCUUCUCAUCAAGAAUAAGUGUGCGUCACUUUGCCACUCGGAUCUGAUGCUCUUCUGGGGCCAUACAGCCGAGAAACCACCAGUCGAGAAGAUCACGCUUGGCCAUGAAAACACAGGCGUUGUUGUCGCAACUGGCAGCAAAGUCCACGGGUUCAAGGUUGGAGAUAAUGUCGGAUGUCUGGGUUGCAGCUAUGCUUGUUACCAGUGCGAGGGCUGUAUGGUCCACAAUCUAUUCUGCGACCAAGGCACAGGCAAGCUCCAUGGAUUCACUACACAUGGGCAUUUUGCCGAGUACUCACUUGCCGAUGCGCGUAAUUCCAUGGUUCUUCCUGAUGGGAUCGAUAUGGUUGCGACGGCGCCGCUUUUCUGCGCUGGUGUUACUGCAUAUCACGCCGUGAAACAGUGCAAUCUCAAACCUGGACAGUGGAUUGCAGUCAUUGGGUGUGGUGGAUUAGGUCAUUUAGCCAUUCAGUAUGCCAAAGCAAUGGGCAUCCGAGUCAUCGGCGUGGAUAUCUCUGAUCCACAGCUGGAAUCGGCCAAAGGACUAGGCGCUGACAUCACAUACAACUCGCUCUCCAACCCGACCUAUGCCGAAGAACUGAAGAAGAUCACCGGAGGAGGCGCCCAUGCGGCCGCCGUCUUCAGUGCAUCCAAUGCGGCAUACGAGAGUACUCCGAGUAUAUUAAGAAUAAACGGCCUUAUGAUGGUGGUCGGUAUUCCAAAGGCCAACCUCUCCAUCAACGCUUUGGAUAUUCUACUAGGUAAAUACCGCAUCCAGGGCGUCAGCAGUGGCACUCCGCAACAAAUGCGGGAGCCCAUUGAGUUCAGCCACAGGCACGGCAUCAAGCCGCAUAUGACGACGUUUCAGAGUCUUGAUGAUAUCCACGCUAUGAUCGAUCUGAUGCAGAGCGGGAAGUCUGCGGGUCGGCUUGGGAUUGUUUUCUAG